AUGGAACCAAUUGAGAGACACACUUCGUACGCUCGAGGAGGUGCUGGCAACAUGAGGAGAAAGUCGGAACAAGCUGCUGCCUUGCAGGAGUUGGCGACGUCAGGACCGGAUGUGCGACGUCGAGAUAGCAUCCUGUCCUCUGGUUCAUCGCGUCGUGGCUCCAUCGUCGAUGCGCUUACCGCCCCUUUCAGAAGGAUGAGCUCGAGUAAAGAGUAG